UAACAUCCUCUUAGGAGAUAGCUCGCGACUACAAGAAUCAGUUGGUUCUGUAUGUCGGCGAGGAAGAGAGUUCAUCGUUUCUCGUUGCGAUUUUACAUUAGUAGCCUGAUACAAUGCACACGGGGUUAUUAGCAGUCACCGUGUUCCUCCUGUCAAGGGCUCGGACCCAAGUGAGCGCGUGGCCACAGCACAUUCAUCCAGUCGGAAUAUCCAUCGAAGAACUAGAGGAACUCCUGACCGCGGAGGCAAACGACCCCGCCACUCUUCCGCCUAAGGAGUCGCCGUCUCCCCCUAUCAACGAAACCACACCUGACCAGGACGAUGCCUCUAUAGACCUCCUCCUUGGGGGGAUCGGCGAGUCAGACUCCCGGGCGCCACUUCCGCCUGAGAGCCCGGGCACACACGUAAUUCUACCCGGGUUUUCCUCUGACAACUCGUUCCCCGUGACCUCUGAGCCCCCGACGUUGUCCACGGGAUGUACGUGCGUGGAAGCGUGGCAGUGCCCUGAGACUAACAUCGAGCUCGAGGAAGACACCAAACAUGAGACCGCAGACCAGCCUCUCCCGGACAGCGAGGGCCUCGUCUCCUUCGUUGACUUGAGGCACGCCGCCCCUUGCCCCGGUCUCAUGGUGUGCUGCGACGCCCCCGACCUCAGUAUAUCGCCGCCCUCGCCCCCGCUGCACACGCCCAGAUGUGGGACGCCCAAUCCCAACGGCGUGAUGACUCACUUUUUAGGCUUCAAGGACAACCAAGCGCAGUUCGGACAGUUCCCUUGGAUGGCCGCAAUCCGGACACUAAAGCCAGGCGCAGACGACCCUGUGUAUGGGUACAUUGGAGGUGGUUCGCUCAUUCAACCAGGGAUUGUCAUUACAGCGGCCCAUAAUCUUCGGAAUCGUAACCCUGAGGACUUAGUAGUACGUCUCGGCGAGUGGGACUUCAGCUCGACCACUGAAACUAUCGAGUACCAGGAAAUCCCCUUGGAACGGGUCGAGUACCACCCACAGUACUCCUACGAGGACCUGAAGUACGACGUGGCUCUGCUCUUCCUUGGAACUGAGGCUGUGCUAGGGGCUACUGUCGAUACGAUUUGCCUUCCCGACCACGAGCACGACUUCGAUGGGUCCGCUUGCGUCACUUCCGGCUGGGGGAAAGACAUGUUUGGGGAGGGGGGGAAGUACCAGGAGAUCCUGAAGGUCGUAAACCUGCCAGCGAUUAGUUACGGGCAGUGCGAAGCUGCUCUUCGAACAACAAGACUCGGUCCCACUUUCUCCCUUGAUGAAACGUCCAUGUGCGCGGGCGGCGAGGGGGGGGACCUCUGCACUGGGGAUGGAGGCUCGCCGCUCGUCUGUCCGAGCAUCGAUGAUCCUUCGCGAUAUGUGCAGGUGGGCAUCGCAUCGUGGGGAAUCGGCUGCGGACAACAUGGCAUUCCAGGUGUAUAUGCCUCCGUGACGGCGGCUAUGCCCUGGAUCCGUACUUUUCUUGAAGCGGGCGUGGAUUUCGAUAUCCGCAAUGUAUUCAUAUGAGGAAGGCGGCGAAAGCAGGCAAGGAGGUAGGGGGGAGGUGAAAGUGAGGAAGAGAGAGGGGGAAAAUAAUGUUAUGGUAUGAAAGGGUUAAAAAAUUAAGAGACAAGGGAUUGCAGAGAGACAAGAUAGAUAUAUAGAGUGACAGCCAGAAAGUGAAUGAGGUCGAAGGCGAGUGAGCAAGAGAGAGCAGGAGAGGGAGAGAGAGAGAGAGAAGGGAAUAUACAUACAUACAUAUAUAUAUAUAUA